AACAUACAUGAAGUAAUGAAUCCAAAUAGACAUCGGAAAGAAAAGAGAACUAUUCCUGCUAACACCUUUAAUUCUAGUGAAUACUUAACAAUGAAGGGCAAGAGUGACUUCCAGCUUUCCUCUGAGCUAUCUGAGGAGGAAGACAAUAUGUAUGAGACUGUAAAUUCUUCAGUGCUGGAGGCUGUUCACUCUUUGAGAAUUCUUCCUGCCAAACCUCUACAAGAAUCUGAAUAUGCAGAUACACGGUGCUUAAGGCCUUCAGGUACCACUUCCCCAGCGAGUGAGAACCCAUCUCAGCCCCCUCAACACUCAGCUAUUCACACAUCUGAUCCGGAGGGGAGAACAGUGCCAAAUGUAAGAGGAGGAAGAAUGAAACUACAUGGAUACCAGGAGCCAACACCUCCCCCACGGCCUCUGAAGAUGCUGCCAAAGCAGUAUCAGCCCCUUCCUCCAGAGCCAAGAAUAAGCAGCCAGGUCUUACCCAAGAGGAACACGCUCAGCCGAGACCCCACCUUUCCAAUAUCAGCAGAAGUCACAAGACAUUGUUCUGUUAGGAAAUCAAAUACAGUACCUGGAAGACAGCAAGUUACAAGUUUGGGGAAGAAACCUGAAGUACCUUUUCAAGCACAACAUCAUCCUCCUGAAGCCAGCCCUCAAUAUACACGGAGCUCUAAAAACAUUUGCAGAUCAGGUUCCACAUUAAGUGUAGAUAAUUUGACAGUGAAGAAGCCACCACCUCCUACAUCAUACGCAGCAUGCAAAAACAAAUCAAAACAUUUGCUUGUAGAACAGGAAAUGCAAUCUCUUACCAAACCCACUGAAAAGGAUUUAAACAAAUGUGAGUGGUAUGUUGGAGAAUAUGAUCGCCAUAAAGCAGAGAAGAUCCUGUUACAGAAAAACACUGAUGAGACAUUCUUGGUUAGAGAUUGUUCAAAGAAAUCAAAGGCUGAACCAUACGUGUUGGUUGUUUAUUAUGGAAGAAGAGUAUACAACAUUAAAGUACGGUUCCUGGAAGAGAGCCAACAAUACGCCUUGGGAACAGGGCUCAGAGGAGAGUGUAAAUUUAAUUCCGUGGAAGAGAUCAUUGACUUCUACAGAUCCGUUCCCAUAACGCUCAUUGACGGAAAGGAUCAGUCAGGAAACCACAGAGAACAAUGCUACCUCACACAUCCAUUCAAGGCAAGCUGAUAUGGACAACGCUACCUCACACAUCCAUUCAAGGCAGGCUGACCUUUGCCGCCUCAUUGUCGCUGAUUCAUCUGUACAGAUAUAAACAGAACACUUGAAACGUCUCAAAAAUCAGAUUCGCCUCUUGAGCAAGGAGCUCCCCAUAAUAUAAUGAAGCAUUCUACAGAUCUACUCCAUUUUUUGUUUGUUGCACUUUCACUUUGAGGGUACAAGUAAAGAAUAUGUCGACAUAUUAAUUCACAGGAAGGCGUUGAGACCGACUCCUGAUAUCUUGACAAUGACUGAGCAAUUUGCUUAUCUUGCACUCUAUCUUCUUAUUUUCAGAUGAAAAUGAAACUUGCCCCUGCUUACCUAAAUGUCACUUAAACUCUGCUAAGUAGCAAAACCUAAUAAAGUAUACCACAGUCAUUAAAUAAAUAUUCUUGCUUUUAAAAAUACACAUGAAACACUGUGUGUCACAGUUCUCACUGUCUAACAAUUUCAUGUGGUGUGCAUAUGUUUGCUCAACAACAAGCUGUGCUCAGCUGCCACUGAAGUUAGUGUCAGUUGAUGCUUACAGGCACUGGAGAUUUUAAAGCUAGCUGUAAUUAUGUAAAUUCUAUUAUUCAAUGAGCACUUACUCUCCAACUUAAGCAGCAGAUACUUGUGUGCCAUACCUGAGCCUUC